UCAGUUGCCAUGGUGAUAACACGAACCAAAAAACGAAUCAGCUUUGUGACACUGAGAACUGCAUUUUACUAUUUUAUCUUUCUCAAAUCAGAAUAUCUGACAUUGCUUUAAGAUUGGCUCAAGAAAUAAAAAAGGACAAAACAGGUUUCUGCGUGGGCAUGAUGAACCAGGCUUUGACUGAGCCGAAUCCUGGACAGUCCACACAGGUCUAUACUGAAGAUGACAAGCCUCCUCAGAAAGAUCCCUGCUCUGAAAAAGAAAAUGUCCAUGAAACCUGUUCUACUAUGAUUCCUGUUGGAGCAGGUUCUUGGGGUGAUAGCAGUUUAUCAUGGAUCAUUCCCCAUACUUAUCAACAAAUCAUCUCACCAGAGAUUCUGGACCCAUUCAGCUUUAGAUUGGAGUACCCAUAUCAGGCCAUGCCGUGUCAGCUGACCUACCAAAACUACCACAUGGAAACCCAGAUGAACCAGAACCAACUCCCUGCUGAUCCUGGUCCCUCCUACAGCAGCCACCUCGACUCAGCCUCUGCCAUUUGGUCGAAUAAGGAACCAGCUUUCUCUAAUGUAAGGGUGGAUUUAUACAAUCCUGUACCCAUGGAAAAUCUGCAGUUUCAGCAGCAACCUACUGAAGUUGCAUCUCACAUCACUCAGACUGUGAUGUAUGACGUCGUUGGAGGUGGACAAGUAGUGCUAGUUACUCCCCCCGAGGCAGGACCCACAUAUCUGUCCCUGGAUUCUGCAGAAACACAUCAACACAAUAAAAUGGCCCCAGGUGAAGUUGCCAAUGUGUUGGAGACUACCAAACAGCAUCCUGAAAACCAUCAGACAGCUUGUUCUCUGUAUGAGUGCAGAGUUCAGACAACCAGCAUCCAGCCUCAGGCCUCUCUGCAGAGACCGGUUGGAGCUUUGAUGGAGUUGAGAUCCAAGAAGCCCUGCCACUGUACAAGAUCAAGGUGCCUCAAACUCUACUGUGAGUGUUUUGCCAAUGGAGUGAUGUGCAGCAACUGUGACUGCUCUAACUGCCACAACAAUGAAGAGCAUGAAAUGAAGCGUCGUGAAGCAAUCAAGCUACGUAACCCCAAUGCCUUUAAGUCUAAGCUUGUUGAUUGGAAGACAGGAAAGGCCAAAAGUUGGAACAACAAAGGCUGCAACUGUAAACGUUCAGGAUGCCUGAAGAACUACUGUGAAUGCUAUGAGGCUAACAUCCAGUGUACUUCCAGCUGCAAAUGUAUUGGCUGUUUGAACCAUACAAACAACUCUCAAGUGGGUGCCAAGGGGGGUGGGGGGAAAGUGAGGAACAGAUGUUCUCAGUCAGUGUUGACCCCUGAAUGGGUGGAGACUGUAUGCGGAUGUUUGCUGACUAAGGCAAGUGAGGCUGAGAAGGAGAACAAGUCACACACCAUGGCUCAGCAUUUGGUCCUGGCAGAGUUCGGACAUCAUCUCUCAGAAAUUGUCAAAGCCAUGUUCGACUACUGCCCACAGUAACACUUUCCCUAUGAAGGACCAGAAAAUCUCUGGAGCCCUGUGGUGAACUGAAAAGCUGGGCAACAUCUGCUUUAGCUACACAAUUAGCAUGUUUGAAUGUUCUACAGGCUGUUUGUUGUUUUAAAAUGUUUCCUGACAUUUUGUGAAACUUUGAUGAAUUCUUUAGUUUGUUAUAUAACAAAAUAUAAAGUUUCCUUCUCAUUUAUUUUUAAUUUGUUGUAGUUGUAUUUAUAACAAAAACAAUAUGUAAGAUAUAUGGUCCCGUUUAAUGGAUCAGCACUUAGCAUUCAUCAGCAUAACACAAUAAACCAAUGUAGCAUUAUACACGUUUUAAUCUUUAUUGUUCAGCUCACAUUGUCAUGUAAACAUUGUAACUUUUU